AUGAGUGGUUUGAUGCAUAUGGUGGUGGUUUUGGGUGUUAGACUGUGUCUGAUGAAGAGACUGCCACCACUACCCAGUGUACUAAUGAUGGCUGCAGCAACUGGGAUAACUGCUACUCUUGUCAUGCCCGGGUUCAGCAAAAGAGAUGAUAAAAAUGUCGUUGUUGGAACACAACUGAUUUCUGUUGGUUCGCCGACGUGCGGAGAUUUCUCAAAAAUGGCUGCGGGUUUACCUCGUAGAAUUAUUAAGGAAACUCAGCGGCUUAUGGCAGAACCUGUACCAGGAAUCUCUGCAGUUCCAGAUGAAAGCAAUGCAAGAUACUUUCAUGUUGUUGUAGCUGGUCCUGAAGGGUCACCAUUUCAGGGAGGAGUUUUUAAACUAGAAUUAUUUCUUCCUGAAGAAUAUCCUAUGAGUGCCCCCAAAGUAAGAUUUAUGACAAAAAUUUACCACCCCAACAUUGAUAAACUAGGAAGAAUUUGCCUAGAUAUUCUUAAAGAUAAGUGGAGCCCUGCUCUGCAGAUAAGGACGGUUUUGUUGUCUAUCCAAGCUCUACUUUCUGCGCCUAAUCCAGAUGAUCCUUUAGCAAAUGAUGUAGCAGAACUUUGGAAGGUGAAUGAAUCGGAGGCUAUUCGCAUUGCACGAGAAUGGACGCGUACUUAUGCUAUGGGCAACUAGUAAUUGCAUUAUUAUUAUUAUUAUUAUUAUAAUGUAUUAAUUUUUAAAAAAAAAUCAAUGAUAAACCCUAGGAUCAACAAAAAGUUGAUGAAAGAGCAAAAUAACUUACCUUGGUAUUAGUAACACCAAUUCAGGUUGUACCUAUGCGGUGCCCCCAGUAGUCAUAUUCAUCAUGACUCGCCCCAGCAGGUAAACUUUUAGCCUAGGCUGUUCCUCAUGAUAAACAUCCUUAGCAAAUUUAAAAUUGGACUGUUUAGAGGGACAACCCUCUCACUAUGGGAGGUGGGACAUUAGUGGGGGCUGACCCUGGCCAAGAAGCUGAGGUACUCCAUUAUCACGUACUCUAGAUCUGUAGUGACAGUGGAAAGUGACCCAGUAUGUGAUUACUGGGCAUUUUGGGUGCAG